CAGAGUACACACUGCACCAGAGUUCCUGUUUCAAAGAUAAAUCCUGCUGGAAGGUUUGCUUCAUGGAUUUCUUCAACAUAUCAGACAGCAAAAUCUGCAUCCUGCUGAACAUCACUGCAAAGGAAGAGUGUUAAAUGGACUGAAAUAAAACAGGAUUUUUAUUUGGUUGGGCAGAUUGAUCCUAGAGCAGACAUGGUCUUUGUGAAUUUUAAAUCCAUUACCCAGCCUCUUGGGAUCAUGCGAGUAAUGGCAGCCAUCGUCUCUUGUAUGUGUUUCAGUCUGGUGGCAUCAGUAAAACCAGACGCCUCGCCAUACUGGGGAUGGUGCAUCUUCACCUGGGUUUUCUGCUUUUUUUUCACUCUCAUCAUUCUCAUCCUGGAAUUUACUAAUGUCAGCACCAAAGUUCCUUUUGCCUGGGAGGACUUCACUGCUGCCUUUGCUAUCCUGGCAAGUGUGCUGUGCCUGUUUGCCUCCAUCCUGUACCCAACCUUUUUCACCUGUAAUACCUGUUACAGACAGAUUGGAGCUUCUGUUGUGUCCUGGAUUUGUUUUGCGCUAUAUGUGGCCCAGGUGGUCCUAAUACAUCUUCGCUCAACAGGACAGAACAGUGGCUUUCUUUCCACUCCGCCAGGUAUAAUGAAGAUGCUGGAAAGCUUUUUUACCUUCCUCAUCUUCCUUUCACUGGAAGUUUCACAGUACUCAGGGUCCCCAGCACUGAACUGGUGUGUAGCUGUGUACUCCCUGUGUUUUAUUUUUGCUAUCGCCAUAAACUUUCUCACACUUGGUAAUCUUACUGUCUAUUUUCCUUUUUCUUUCGAAAAGUUUGCAAUUGUUUAUAAUGUUUUGGCAGCACUGAUGUAUAUAACAGCUAUGGUUAUAUGGCCACUAUAUUCUUUUCACAAUAAUAAGAGGCCAGUGGACUGUGGCCGCCUCUGUAGCUGGGACAAACUGGUUAUGAUUACAGUCAUGACAAUCUUCAAUUCCAUUGUCUACACUCUGGACGCUAUCUACUCUAUACUUUUGGUAUUUUUUCUCAGCAAUGAGUGAGUUGUUGCUUGUAAAGACCAUUGCAAACCAUUCCGAGCUUAAGUGAAAAUGAUGGUGUUUUCUGUACAAAAAUUCUGUCAGUAAACUUUAAAGUAAUCUGCUAUUGCUUAUCAGAAAUUGUAUAUGAAAUGGAAAAGGUGACCUCACUGUGUAUACAUUGUGCAAUACAACCAAAGAAAAGGAAGUUGGUUAAACAUUAGUUGUUAUAUGAUUGUAAUAAAAAUGACAAUUAUCUUUAUAGAACUUUGGAUCUUUGAGGAUAAUGAAAUGAAGAAGACUGAGCUCAUAUCUUUUUUUUUUAUUAUUACGUAAAUGUCAACAUCAAGGGAAAAGCAUUUAUUUAUCUUUUCACCUUAGGGUGGAGCUGCACUCUGAGGCAAAUAUACAUUUAUGCAUCCCAGAUCUCUAUAUAAUUUCUGUCUUGCAUUUCUUUGCCAAGUGAAGAUGUAGAAGUACAAGGUAACACAGUCUUUUUAUUCCUCCAAUUUUGUAAGAUAUGUUAAUACAUUUCCAGGUAAUCCAAGCUGCAAAUGAAUUAUGGAUGUCUGAGGAUUGCAAUGUUGAUUUUCUACAGAUGCCACACAAAAAAAGAACAGAUGGAAACUUUGUCAUGCUACAAACAUUCAGUUCAACUUAAACAAAUAGAUGUAUUUUGAUGACCUAUGAUUAAAUUAGU